UUUAGACGGAUUAUUGACGAGCUACAAUCAAAACACUAGAAGAGUAAAAUUUGAGGUUACACGGGAAAUUAUUUAUUUAAAGUUAUUUUAAGCUAUUAUUAAUUAGAAAUUAUUAUACAGGUAAUUAUUUUAUACGGGAAAUUAAUUAUUUCAAGUUUGUGAACCAGCUUAGAAACAAUUUGUGCGCAUGCGCCAAAAAUUUCCCGGUAUAACCUCCAACCGUAGUUGACAAAACAUAUAGACUUAUUUAAAAGAAAACUAAAUUACAGAAUUUAUUCAAAUGCUCACUAUUAUCGAAGUAAAAUAAUAUGUUUUUUGUCAAUACAUAUAUAAAUUAUUAUUUACAAUGCAAUAAUAUCUAUAGAGAGAAUUCUAAAUAACGAGAUAAAAAUGUCUCUAGCACCAUUAAUUACAAAAGGAUUUCCUUGGGAUGAUAUAUUGAACAUUUGUAACGACCAACUGCAUCCAGAAAUAAAAGCUCACAUUGUACCUUUGUACAAACAAUUGCAUAAAUAUCUUGAUAAAAAUGAAAAACCAUCAAAAAGCUGGAUCGAAUGUAGGCUCAUAAGAAUUGAUGCUUGCCUGUAUAGAAUCUGGGAAGAUUUAAAUACCGGACAUUGGAAAAAUGUUCCGAUCCAGCAUCGAUAUUCGUAUACAAUUUGUAGUAUCGUGAAGUCUAUUGUGCUAGAAAUUUAUUCUGAUUAUGAUGGGAUAGAAAAAAAUGAAAAAAUCAAAGAAGUUGCCCAACAAGUUGAUAAAGGUCUUCUUCUGGGAGCUCCUUUGGAAAACUUUCCAAAUUUAUUAACCGACAUAGCAUCUCGAAUAAAUGAAUAUCUUUCUCAUGAUGUUUCUAAAGCUACUGAAACUUUGUUCGAAGACACUGGAGACCGUCUACCAAAAGAACUUCUCCAAAAUUGUAUCUGGGUAAAGCGUUAUAAAACACCUUCUUUGGAAACAUUUCAUAGAGAAGUGUUUGCAUUAACUCCUGCUAUUCUAGAAGGAUGCAUGGAUCAUUGGAGAGCUUUAACAUUAUGGAAAGAUCCAAAUUAUUUAAUAAAAGUAGCUGGAACAAGAACAGUGCCGAUAGAAAUAGGAUCAUCGUACACAGAAGAAGACUGGUCGCAACAACUUCUUACUUUGAAAGACUUUAUUCAAUUACAUGUAAAAGGAACUCCGGAAAAAGUUGGAUAUUUAGCUCAACAUCAGUUGUUCGAACAAAUUCCAGAUUUAAAAGAAGAUUUUUCAAUACCUGAUUAUUGUUGUUUUGGAGACAAUGCUGAUAAUGCACCUGUUGAUAUCAACGCUUGGUUCGGUCCUAAAGGAACAAUAUCUCCAUUACAUUGUGAUCCAAGGGAUAAUUUAUUGUGUCAGGUAUUUGGGUGCAAAAAAAUUAUUCUAUAUCAUCCGAAUGAUCGAGAGUACUUGUAUCCUUAUGCCACUAGAUUAUUAUGUAACACAGCUGGGGUUGAUCCACUUAAUCCAGAUUAUGAGAAAUUCCCUAAGUUUAAAAAUGCUAAAGGAUUUAUGUGUUAUCUUGAACCAGGAGAAAUGUUAUAUAUUCCUCCUGGCUGGUGGCAUCAUGUUGUCAGUCUUUCACCAAGUUUUUCAAUAAGUUUCUGGUGGAAUUAAUAUUUUUAGAAUAAAUGAUUACAUGGACCAAAGAAGUAUCUUUAUUAAAAGUUUAAGAGGUAUCGUCCUUAAAUUUAUCGUAUAAUUAUAUGUUGACUAAAAUUGGCAAUUUUAAUUGUUAUAUAGAAUAUUUUCCAUGUGACUUGAGAUCGAAAAUGAAAGAAAUGUAUACUUCAACGUGUGCUAAAAAUACUUAAACGACUUAUGUCUUCAGUAUAGGACGUAUAUACAAGAACAUAUAUACAUGAAAGUCGUCAAUUUCAAUGUAAAAUUUAUAAUUUUAUAACAAUGGCAGAGACUAUAUAUCCACCAAUUAUAAAACUUGAGGUAAGAACAUCUAGAACACAUAGUAAUCCAUAAUUGAUUUUAAAUGAUUGUACACUUUUUUCACUGAUUCUCUCAUGAGCUUUUAACCUUGCUAAUGAUUUUAAAUUUAUCUUACAAUCAUUUUUUCAUUCAUAAAAUCGUUGAUUUUUUAGUGAAAAUAUUAUUCUUAAGCCUAAAAAUAAU